AUGCUUCAAUACAGAGUCUACGAAAGGCUCAAGGAAUAUGAUUUCAUACUAGCUUCAACCUCCCCUAGGAGGUACGAAAUUUUAAAAGAAUUGGGAAUUGAAAAGAUUGAAAUUAUUCCUUCAGACUUUGAAGAGAACGUUACAAAGGUAGGAAAGACCCCGCAAGAAUAUGUUGCACAGACGGCAUUUGGAAAGAUUGACGCAGUAAGGGAAAGAAUUGCACUGGAUCAGAGAAUUGAUAACAGAAGAACCAAACCCAUAAUAUUAUUGGGAGCUGAUACUAUUGUCGUUAAUAAUGGAAAGAUAUUUGAAAAGCCCAAAGAUAAAUGUUCCCAAUUACAAAACUUGUAUUCCUUCAGAUUAAAUCCAAUAGUGGAAGUUAUUACAGCAAUUUAUAUAUACAAAAUUAGUGAGUUAGGAAUCACUGAGGCACAAGUUCAUAAAAUAGUUACCUCCUAUUUACGCUUUGACAAAAAAUUAAGCGAUGAGUUCCUACAGGCAUACGUGGAUAGCGAAGAAGGGUUGAAUGCUGCAGGAGGAUUUAAGAUCCAGGGAAUUGGUGGUCUUCUUUGGACGGAUUGCCAAGGAGAUUAUAGGAACGUAAUUGGACUUCCAUUCAAAGACACAUUUAAUUUGCUUGAGAAUGUUUUACCAUAG